AUGAUUGCAAUCGGCCUCGAAGGCUCCGCCAACAAACUCGGUGUGGGCAUCAUGUUACACCCCAAGGACGGUAGCACCCCGCAAGUCCUCGCCAACAUCCGUCACACAUAUGUCUCCCCUCCGGGUGAGGGAUUUCUUCCAAAGGACACGGCACGACACCAUAGGUCCUGGGUCGUGAAGCUCGUGAAGAAGGCUUUAAAAGAUGCGCGUGUCUCCGUCGACGAUGUGGACUGUAUAUGCUACACAAAAGGACCUGGGAUGGGAGCUCCUCUGCAGAGUGUGGCAGUGGCUGCGCGGACGCUAAGCUUAUUAUGGGGGAAAGAGUUGGUCGGUGUUAAUCACUGCGUUGGACACAUUGAAAUGGGCCGAUUAAUCACCGGCGCAUCGAAUCCGGUCGUCUUAUACGUGUCCGGCGGAAACACACAAGUAAUCGCAUACAGCUCGCAACGGUACCGCAUCUUCGGCGAGACUCUCGAUAUCGCGGUAGGCAACUGUCUCGACCGUUUCGCGCGCACACUUCAUAUCUCCAAUGACCCGGCGCCGGGGUAUAACAUCGAGCAACUGGCCAAGAAGGGCAAGCAACUCGUCGAUCUACCAUACACAGUAAAGGGCAUGGACUGCUCUCUGUCAGGAAUUCUCGCAGCGAUCGAUGGUCUCGCCGCCACAUACGGACUAAAUGGGGAGCAACCGGACGAGGAAGAGGACGCACCGUCAGAGGAUACGCCCGUAACUGACGGGAUCUCAGAAGACCGGAAACCUACCCGGGCAGAUCUUUGCUUCUCGCUGCAGGAGACGGUAUUCUCUAUGCUCGUUGAGAUCACUGAGCGCGCUAUGGCGCAUGUCGGGUCGAAGGAGGUUCUCAUUGUUGGUGGAGUUGGGUGUAAUGAGCGACUGCAAGAAAUGAUGGGGAUCAUGGCGCGGGAUCGGGGAGGGAGUGUGCAUGCGACAGAUGAGAGAUUCUGUAUUGACAAUGGGAUUAUGAUUGCGCAGGCUGGUAUGCUUGCGUAUAGGACAGGGUUCCAGACGCCUCUUAAGGAGUCCACAUGCACGCAGCGCUUCCGGACGGAUGAUGUCUUUGUGCAGUGGAGGGAUUAG